GGACAAGACCUUAAGAUGGAUCUACACUCUCAAACAGGAAGCGUAACUUGUUGUUCUAUCGAAACAAAUACAAUACCAGGGGUAACAGACAAAUAUUAAAAGUUACAAAAUUAGUCUUUGCAGAUAUUUUCGUUCGCUUUAACGUUAAAACAUAUCAGUAGGGAGACGUUUUUUAAAUCGUAGGACUUUUCGUCCUAUAACUGUUUAACGUUAGCGUUUUUUUACACCUGUUCAUUUCACACCCAGACGACCUCAGUAUUACAUCUUCUGUUUAGAAUCAAACAUCCAGUUCAGCAUUGCUAUGAAGGUUAUUCUGUUUUGGACUAUUGGGGCAUCAAUAUUAGUUACACUGUAUUCCAAAGACACAUUUUCUGGAGCACCUGUCCGCGUGUUAGUAAACCAGCAAGCUACACUCUUCAGGAAUGUCAGCAGCUGUGAGAAUGCACAAUUCAGAUGGAUUCUUCCAACUGAGGCAACUAUUGCCAAGUGCCAAAAACAAAUAUGUGCCAUUAAAGAUGUCUUUCUGGAAAAAUUCCAAUUUAAAGACAAUAAUUUGGUUCUAAAAUCAGCAAAAUACAGCGAUUGGGGGACAUAUGAAUGCAACUGCAAGAGCAUCAUUACAUUUGUUAAAUGGGAUGUUGUGGUGGCUCUAGAUGUGUCAGUCAAGGAACUGGAAAAUAUCACGCUUCUGUGUUAUGCGAAAGAUGCGAAGGAUGUAACGUGGUUCCAUAACGAUGCAAGGAUUCUGCAGAGCAAGAAUGAUGGAUCGACCGUCGCUGACAAAGUAUUCCAAAAUAGAGUAUCACUAAAAGAGGGUGCCUUCAAGGACGGUAAUCUCUCUUUGACUCUCCUUGAUGUUAGCAGGAAGGAUGUUGGACUUUACCUAUGCCGUGUCAAUGAUGAAACUGCCGAAGGAUACCCUUAUGCCCAUAUGUUACAUGUGAAUGAUAAUCGCUCCAGUCCAGAAGGACAGAAAGCAGACUUUGUGCUUAUGAUGGUUAGUGUCCCCAUCAACAUUGUUUUUGCACUCAUAAUCGUGUUUCUUUCUGUGAAACUCUACAAAAAUAACCGUAUCAUCAGCCAAUCAACAUCUACAACAUCUAGAACAUCACAGCCUGUAGAGGAGAGUGAGCGUAACCCUUCAGAAAAUGUACAUAUGUUGGCCCUGCCAGUUGAUGAAAGUCAGUCUGCACAAACAUGUGCUCAACCUGUUCAAGAGAGUAAGACUGAUCUUAAGUCUUCCUCAACUCAGCCUUUUUAGUCUAACAGAUUCAGCCAGUAAAGAUGCAAAGAGGAUCUAGACCAAAGAGAAAUUUUACCUUUUAGACCCAGGCUGGGAUGGCUAUAAAUUCCUUAAGGCCUCAAGAUAAAAAAUACCAUUCUUGAAAUUGAAAGCCUUUACUGUCAGUCUAUAGCUGGGAACACACGGAGCAAUUAAAAAACACAUGACACAAAGCCAUUACAUAAUAAUUCCAUUGCCAUUUGAAGACAUGUUUUCUGAUAGCUGUUUGCAAAUUCUUCAGUUGUUACAAUGUUUACAAACAUUACCAUGAACUCAUGUGUAUCAUUGUACCGUUUUAAUAAAAAUGCACAGGGAAAUGACAAAAUUC